CCGACACGGGAGCGGUUCAUAUAUUGUUUAAAAAUACAUAGUCACAAACGCGUAUCUAAAUAGUAGUUUGUAACUUAAUAGCCGAUCCCCUGAUCACGCAAUAUCUGCAAAUAUUGUGACAAAAUUGUUUAAAAAUGCCUAGAGGUGGUGGAAGAGCUCCAAAGAAAAAUUAUAAGGGAAGAAGUCGUCACUUCACAGAUGAAGAAACCUUGAAAGAACAGUUGGAUAAAGAAAGAAGAGAAAAACAGUGGAGGAAACAACGUGGUGAUGAUGACGAUGAGGAAGAAGAAGAGGAGAAGAAGAAGGAAGGUGCUGAAGGUGGAAUUGCUGAAGAGAGUGGUUCAGAAUCAGACAGCUCAGAUUCAGAUAGUGAUAGACAUAAAGGCGUGUCACACUUGAUAGCAAUAGAGAAUCCUAACAGAGCUCUCAAGAAGUCUAAGAAAAUCGAUGCACUAGACACAGCACCAAGUGCUGGACCUCAGCUCAGUAGGAGGGAAAGAGAAGAAUUAGAGAAACAGCAGGCAAAAGAACGUUACAAUAAGAUGCACAUGGAAGGUAAGACUGAGGAGGCACGUAGUGACAUGGCUAGACUAGCUAUCAUACGUAAACAAAGAGAGGACGCUGCAAAAAAACGAGAGGAAGAAAGAUUAGCAAGAGAAGCAGCAAAACAGAAAUCUUGAUGUCAUAUGAACCAUUGUUAGUUAGUGAAUGUCUGGUUCUUGUGGAAAUUUGUUGAUUGUUGACUAUAAGUGCUUCUCAUAACUUACAAUAAAUUUACAUGAUAUGUUGUCACAUAUUGUACUAGUGCAAUUAUGAUACAGUUAUGUAAAAGAAAAGGAGUGUUCAUCUCUAUUUUUAUUCAAACUUUAAAUGUUAUUCUCAAGUUUUCAUAAUUUCAACUUCUUUCCAUCCUGUUUGAUAAUCUUCAGAAGUAUUGAAGAAAAGUUAAAACAUUUUCAGAAAAUUAUAUGCUUAAGCCUUUAGUAUUGUUGCUUUGUUUGUCUUAUACAGGUUCAAAACAAAGUUUAUACAAAUGAUCAGUAGCUAUUCCUCCAAAAGUUGACUACAAUAUUUAAUAGUCAAGCCAAGAGAAAUUCUUUACAACAUUAACAAGAUAAAGUUUCCUUAAAUUUUAUGUUAAAUACUUCUGUAUAGUUAAGAAUCUUAGUGUCAUAAAAUCAAAUUUUACAAGAAAUUCUACCAAGUUUGACCAUAGUCUUUGUCAACCUUUCUAAAUUUUUGUUACAAUUUUAAAUGAUAUCCAUAUUAUCUAAAAGACUAAUGCAAGAAAUAUGUCUGUAAGUAAAGUAUGUUGAUUGAACCAUUGUAAAGCAGAUAUAUAAAGCAAUUUAACUGCUGAGUGAGACAGGAAGGUAUUGAGUAAUUGGUAAUGUUUUUAGAUUGAUGUGAAAACAAUUGCCUUGGUCAUUUUAAUUUACUUCUUGAAACAAACCAGCUUCCAGAAAUUUGCUGAAAUAAGAUGAGAGUAUUUUGUCUCUAGGUACAUUUAUAAGGAGAUAGGCAGCUUAAAUAAUAAGUACAUUUGUAUGUAAACUUGAUGUAGUUCACAUACAUGUACAUUUGAUGUUUGAUUUUCAUAAGCAAGUUAUUUUUAUGAAAUGCAUUUACUUUAUUUAUUUCUUCAUCAUUUGAAUAUUGCAUUCUUCAUUUUCCCAGUUUGCAGAUUAAUCUUUUACAAUACUUUCUUUAGACUAAAUUAUAAUUGAUAUUUAACCUUAGAUUUGUUCUAUAACUUAUUAGCUGUGACUAUGUAUUUGACCAAGGACAUAUUCAGAUAUUGCAAACUGGGAUAUUGUCAUUAUUUGACAGAAAUGUUUUUUCUUCACUUGAAUAUAUGUAUGUAACAAAUGUAUGUAUAAAUGACAUGAUUUUAUAGAUGUCUCAGUUAGUGAAUGUUCCUGAGAAACAUAAAUUUGAUGUUUUGUGUCUGGCAAAGAACAGUUGAAAACUGAAAAUAUGAAAUUAAAAGACCAACCUAAUCAAAGUUAGUGACUAUAACUAAAGAAUUAAGUAUAUUGCAACACAAGUAUAAAAAUGCCAUAUUCUUGCAUCUGAAAUAUUACAACCAUAUAUCAGAAUAUACAAAGGUUGUUGUACAUUUGAAUAUUUGUAAUUCAGGGUUUUGUCGUUUUAUAUUAUUGGGCUUCUAUGUUAUACUUUACCUCUUAGAUAUUUAAAAAAUAUAUACUUUAUUUUACACUCUAAAUUGGGUCAGGCUGUGUUUAUAUCUCAUUAUGUAAGAGCACUCUGUUUUAAACAUUUGUUUUCAGUUUGUGAUCAUUCUGUAUAAUCUUAUAAAGUUCUUUUUUUUUCUGUAAGCUGAAAUUAGCACAGUCUUAGAUUUUCCAGAAAACUCUAGUUGUUGUAUGUACACACAUUAUUCUAAUAUCAAAUAUGCUUUUGUAUUCAAUAUGAAAAGAAUUAAUUGGUUAAUAUCUUUAAAAAAUCUUCUAAAAAUCACAACAUUAUGUUCAUCAGAAAGCACAGCUGUUAGAUAUAGAUGUAAAGAAAAGUGCCAGUAAUUAUUAUACUGAUAAUAAAAGUGUAUUGGUUUAAAAAGGUUGGGAACAAUAGUUUGACUUAAUGCUUCACUAAGUUCAGAUUUUAACUUAUGUGCCAGGCUGUUUGAUUUUGCAUGGAGUAAUCUGCCCUCCACAUAUCUGGAAGAAACAGUGACUUUCCCUACAUCAAUAUGAGUCUGCUGCAGAUAUUGUACAUGAUAAUAUGUACGUGUAGUUUUGAUGCAUAAUGUAAAAAACAUGUCAAGUUCUAGAACAUUUCUGUAAUAAUUUAAAUAUUAAAUAAAUUUAUAAAUUGUA